AUGACUUUCACGAAACAUGCGUCAACAUCUGCUGAUAUUAUUCAUUUAAGUUAUUACAAGGGUGAAGAUGAAGUUCUUAUAAUGUUAGGAGCUAUGUUUCAUACUGAAAAGAUCAAUUAUGGUAAGAAAGAACAGAUGUGGAUUGCGUCCGUUUCAUUGGCCAGCGACGAUGAUUACGAUUUGAAAGAUUUAUUUUCACAUUAUAAAGACAAAAUUGGAGAGGAAACGAAUAUAAAUUCUUCAGGAAAGAUUCUACUCGAAAUGGGUGAAUAUGAUAGAGCAGCUAAGUACUAUGAACAGUACCUAAAUAAUUCUCGGAUAGCAACGGCUGACAGUUUGUAUGGGUUAGGAUCUGCUGAUUUGUAUAAUGGAAAUUCACCCUCACCUCAAAGAGAGAUACAGCGAAAAAAGUGUGAACAACUAUAUAUAUAA